AUGACCUCCAAGUUGUUAGAUAUCAGCCUGCCAAAGCCCAUUGUACUUCCCACAGCUCAACUCACCGGGAUGUAUGCGUGUAUGUUGGGCAUUGAUUAUAUCCUACUUCGAAACCAAAAAAAACUACUCAUCUCCAAACACACUUUACGUCUGGGCAUGACGGUGGUUCAUGCCAUUGUACCUUUAGCCAUAGUCUCACCUUUGCUCCCCAAUAACGUUACCUUUGCAGCCGUACCUUGGUUCCUCGCCUCGUAUAGUGCUUAUUUACCUACCGAGAACUUUACAUGGACAGGAUGGUUAAAGGCACUUUACGGUACCAUGGUAGAUCGAUCGGACCCCCGACGUAAUAAACACGCCCAAGGUUUAGUAAAAGCCUUGCGAGGUGUGACAAAGUUAGCGGUGUUAUACUUUGGUGUAGAACCAUUGUUACCUACAAUGCCUGAUGCCAUGUUAGCAUAUCCAUGGUUUAGCAAAGAAAGUUUGACAGAUACUUUUUUGUUUGGGUUAAAAGCUUAUUUAAUUUUGGGUGCGGUGGACGUGACUACGGGGUUGGCACAGGCUAUGACUGGAUGGUGCAUGGUGGAUAUGUUUGAUUCUCCAUUAUUAGCAACCAGUCCUAGAGAUUUUUGGAGGUAA